GAGCAGAGCAGAAUGCCGCUGCCGCAUCAGCUGAUCAGUGCCAAGUCUACGUUCGGGACGGUUGGAUGUUUCGCUUGUGAUAUUGUGUCAGUUCCUCGACCCUUGCAUGCAUGGGCGCUUGGAAAUUCGCCAUGGUGCCACGAAAAUAAAACGAGUUAAAUGAAAUCUCGACAGGAAUUAUACAUCAGGUGAAGAAGUCUAGAACCGAGAGACAAAUAACAAUCAAUAUCAGAGUUGUGACUUGAAUAAUACCGAUUAGCUCACUCCGUCUCUUGUCGUAGGACAACAACGGUAUUUCGGCAUUCUCAAGACGUCGUUGUGAUGAUGACGCACGAAAGGGAAGACUCGUCUUUGUUAACGUUCCGGAACAAGUUACUUAUGGCAAGCUAAUUAGAAAAGAAGAGUCAAUACUAUUUUUUUUUUUUAUUUAAUAACGAACUACCACAGCACAAAACAUGUGGAGAAUUACUGUAGAACCUGUUGUGUUCCUGUACAACAUAGCAGAUACUGUACAGAUGAGUGUCCAGCAAGAUUUCAUAUUCUACAGACUUUGUGCUCAAAAUUAUUCUGAAGAGGUAUGCAGGAAUUUUGAAGCAAUUGGGCAGGUAGACAAGCUCUCUGGUGUCCAGGCAGAAGCAGUGAAGAGAGUCAUGUGGAUAAGUGUCAUCACUGGAAUUUUGGCAGUUAUAAUGUCGCAGAUUCUUGGUCUGGCCCUUGAUAGAUAUUCCCGCAAAGUAGUCAUGUUAAUACCCUUCCUUGGUAGUCUGGGACUAAAUUUAGUUUGUCUUCUGGUGGCGGCAAGUCCUAUGGUUUCACUAGAUGUCCUUUAUGUAGGAGCAGCACUUCGGGGGUUGGCUGGAGGAUAUGUAGUCUUUAAGUCUUCAGUUUCAAGCUAUAUUGUCAACCUGGUUGAUGUCAGUGAGAAGACAAACCGAUUAGCUGUAGUUGAAGCAAUGUUGUUUUUUGGAAGUGCUGUUGGACCCCUCGGUUUGCAGGUCCUGAUGUUUUAUGGCACCCAAAAACAUGCCUACCUCUUCAUGUGUUGUGAGUGCAUCAUAAUUCUAGCACUUAUGUACAUUGUUGUACUUCUUCCUGAUUAUACCGUUAGAGGAGAAGUCAAGCCUCCUUCCCUAAUAAUUAACAAUAACAUAGCUGAUAUUUGUGUUGAGUAUCAGGCUGUUUCUGUAAGAAAACCUACUUGCACAAAACACUGCAGUGUUUUAAGGAACUUCAGUAAUGCAUUGGCUAUCACAUUCCGCAAGCGGAAACCAGGGAUUCGUGGUGCCAUUAUAAUGUUAUUCAUUGCAGAUUUUUUCAUUGCAAUUGUCUUUGCAGCCGAGUUUGAUCUGCUGUACCUCUAUAUGCAAGAGAAGCUAGGAUUUACCUUGCCGCAGUAUUCACAGUACCUGAGUAUCAAGAAUAUGGUGAAUGGCAUCUCACUCCUUUUCCUGUUACCUUUCCUUCAAAAAUUCCUUGGAGUUGGUGACACAACUUUGGGAAUUCUUGGUGGAAUGUCCAGAAAUGCUGCGUUUUUACUGCUGGCAUUUAACACAUCUCCGCAAUUAGUUUAUUUUGUUCCUGUAGUUGAUAUACUUGGACAGUACCUGUUUGUCGUCCUGAGAUCUAUCAUAUCGAGCUUGGUGAGCGAGGAUGAGCAAGGUCGAGUUUUGACUGUGAUGUCAUCAAUGGCUCAACUGUCAUUACUCCUUGGGUCUGCAUUGUUUGAUUCCGCGUAUCCCCAGUUCCUUAAAAUACAUCAGUCUGGUCUUACAUUCGUAUUAGCUGCAGUAUCGAUGGGGAUGUCAACAACCAUACUAAGUAUUAUCCACUGUCAUCUAACUUCAGUACGUAAGAGAGAGGAACUUCAGACGCUUCUAGAAUGAGCCGAACCAGAAGCUAGAACAAAUAUUAUUUAUACUUUUAAAAUAAGCCUUGCUAGUGCCUGAUGAGGCAGCAAAUAGCAGCGCAGGAAAGCCAAGGUAUUUGGUGCCACUGAAAAAAAGAGGCGUUAGUGAAUUGAAUUAUUUUAAUCAUUUUGGUAAACUUUGCUUGUGUAGAAAAUGAGGUCAGUUUACACAGGGAUGUGUUUAUUGUUGGUUCAUCAUUCUUUGCAUGAAUAAUCCAAUCCAGUCCAGUCAAGAAUUAGUGUAGAAUUGUUUUAAUAGGUUCAUCAUUUCUUUCAUGAAUUAUUAGCGUAGGAUCUUUAUUGAAUUGUUGUGUUUUUAUCUUGAAAAAAUAUUGAUCUCAAAAUGAUUUCUGUUCAGAAGUUUAAUCAGUGCCAUGAGAAUAAUUCACAAACAUUGUUUCAGUUUUGCAGUUAACAUGAAUAUUUUUGUAUAUGUUGAAAUCUGCAGAUCUAUGUUGUUUAUUUUUAAAAGUUUUUUAUAUUUUUUAUGUUCUUUGUAAGAUAUGAGAUUACAUUCUUUAUUCUUGUAUAUGUAUGUAUGUAUGCAUGUGAAUGAAUAUUACAGUAUACAAGAUUGUGAAAUAUGAUGAAUUAGCUAAUGAAAGGUUGAAUGUUGCAGGCUGUGACUUUAUAUGGGGAAGUUUUCAACUAACUUGGCUAGUUUUUCCUGGAAGAGAAAAUGCUACUCCUUUGUAAACGAAAUAAUAUAAUCCUCUGGUGUUUAAGCACCUUAUAACUUUGCACAUUAUUUAUUUAUUGAAAUAAUGGAGUUGAAAGUAAAAUGUAUUGGUGCUAAAAUAUGAUAAACUCAACUUUCACCAAGAUGAAAUAUAGAUAUUAACCAUAGAGUAAUUUUUCUCUGCAUUGUAUAAGACUUGAAGGUACAGUAUUAUGGCCAAGAUGUGUCAUUGCAAUAUAGCACUGUGAUAUUUGUUUAAUAGAGGAAAUACUGUAGAUGAGAGAGAACUGAUUGAUGGUAGGAAGUGAAGAGGUUGUCAUACAGGAAAAUUCAUCGGGUAGGAUUUAUGUACGUACUACUGUAUUUGUUUAAUUAGUCUGAUGGAAGUGUUACACUCCUGCUGUUUCUACCUCACCUGGUCAAAAUAAGUAGCAUGUGUUUGCUCUGAGGAAAAUCUGUGAUAUAAUAAAGUCAGAAUAUGUAAAUAA